CUGGAGAGAGCUGUCCAACUAGAACCCGGUAAUUUCAAACACUUGUGGAGAAUUGGGAAGCUCCAUUUGCAGAGACAAGAAUACGCCGCAGCGAAAUCUUUCUUUCAUCGUGCACUGCAGCUGGAUCCUCACAGCAUACAGGUGUGGUACGGUCUGGGGAAGCUGCACAGUGAGCUGGGAAUCUACGAUGAAGCUGUGAGUGCGCUCGAGAAGGUGAUAGCUGUGGCUCCGGGCUCCGUGCUCAGUACAGAGCUACUGGCUAAGGCUUACAGGGAGACUGGACAGAGCCACAAGGCAGUGGAACUAGAG